CCGUUCUGCCGUUAACACAUGUGUACGUGUGUGUGACCGACCGCGGAGGGAUAGUCUUUUCUCCACUCCUACCGGUUGGCGAGGCGCCUUCGUACCAUAUUUGUGGUGUGUUAUGUCUGACUCAAGUGUCAGUCAGGUUAGUUCUAGAUACAUUACAUAUUCUCUAGAGUAUCCUUAAUGAGCAUUGUUGGUUAGCCGCAGGUUGGGAUAUGUAUUUAAUAUAAGGUCAACAUUAACAAACAAUUAACAUGUACCCUAGUCAAUCCCACUAAUGUGUGGGAGAUAUUUUUGCAUAUUAUCCUCCAUGCCUUUGUUUUCCUUAUGUAUUUUACAGCCCCUGGGAAAUGACAUUGGUACAGUGAUUGAUAUCUGGUAACAGCGUUUCAUUCCCAAUGAGCAAGGGAAACCACCCCAUAAUAAUUUUAAGUGAUUGCACUAUAAUAUUAUACUAUAGAGUUUGCUAAUUGCUUUAUAAUUUGGAUUUUGACAGACUCGUGACUCAAAUGCACUACCAGAGGGAAAAGUAGCUACAUUGGGUGGUCAUGUUUCUACAGCUGCCACUGAGGAUUUAAUGGCUGCCAGUAGUAAUGUGCAGGUUCCUAUGGCUGAUCCAAAUGAUGUGAUCCAGGACAGUCUUCAAUUUAUGCCUGGUGGACAUCAUGCAAGUGGGCUUCACAUGCCUUAUUCUGCUUUUGCAUCUGGAGAUGGUAGUUCAUGGACUGCUGUGAUGGAUCCUACUAUGAUGGCAGCAGCUGGUUUUGGUUUCCCUGGAUCAAGUAUGAUUCCUGGACAGUACAUUGUAGGCUCCGAAAUGAUUUGGAACCAAGAUCCUCUUUUGAUGGGUUACCAGUUCCUCAAUGCUAUACCAUUAGAGCAAACUGCCAAUGUGCAGUUGGAUCCAACGACCUCAAAUAGUGUGGAUUCUAUAGGCCAGAUUACUCCUGCAUUUGGUGCUAUAUCGAUUAAUGGGUCUAUGCAAGGAGUUAGUGAACCUGUACCAGUGACUAUUAGUGCGAACACUCUUGAUACAACUAAAAGUGUGGAAAGUACAGCGUCUGCCUCAGCACCAGCAGGAUCUGCUUCGCAAGCUCAAAAUAGUGCUCCUCAGCCAGAAAAGCCCAAGAGCUGGGCUGCAGUUGCAAGUCAACCAGCAAAACCACGCCCACCUCCACCUGUCAAGGUUCAACCUCAGCAAGAAGUUUCCGAUGUGGCAAAAAGGUCCUCGAAUCCUCCAUCUCGUCAGGUUAUUUCGCAGUCGCAUAAAGGGUCGGCAAAUGCACCUGCCAGUAACAGCAACUUGGCUGAUGAAAAGCAAAGCUCUACUAAGAAAACAAGCACAGGAGGACUGCAAGGAGGGUCACAACCAGCGUCCAAAGGAAAAGCUCACCAAUCCGGCAUUGUUAGCAAGCUUCACUCUCAGAAUAAGUACAAUCCCUCUGAAUUGACACUUAAUUUGACAAACGCUCGGUAUUUUGUCAUAAAGAGUUACGCAGAGGAUGAUAUCCAUCGUUCAAUAAAAUACAGUAUGUGGACUAGCACAGAACAUGGAAACCGGCGUCUUGACCAAGCAUUCAAGGAGCAGAAAGGAAAACCUGUGUAUUUAUUUUAUAGUGUAAACGGAAGUGGACACUUUUGUGGUAUGGCCCAAAUGAAAUCCGAAGUAGACUUUCACAAUGCUACUGGAGUUUGGGCACAGGACAAAUGGAAGGGACGUUUUGAUGUGAAGUGGUUCUAUGUGAAAGAUGUUCCUAACAGCCAACUUCGUCAUAUUAGGCUUGAAAACAAUGAGAAUAAGCCCGUUACGAAUUCAAGGGACACCCAAGAAAUUCCAAGUGAAAAAGGGAAACAGGUUGUGAAAAUUAUUCAUUCAUAUAGUCACACAACCUCCAUUUUUGAUGACUUUGAGCAUUAUGAGAAGAAGCAACUUGAGGACUCCCAGAAAAAGAAAUGAAGAUGUGGAGAUAUGAGACCCCUUCAUAUUCUGUGAUAAUUGUAUAGUCUAUUAACCAUUCUUCUUACUGCAACUUUUUGUACUAUGAAUUUAUAAUUCUCUCCAAUGGUCUGUUU